CCGAAGCUGGAAAAUUACGCGUCCCCGCCUGCAGCGUGUCUCGUGGCGGCGCAGUGCAAGCUGACGCGUCGAGCAGGCGCGACGCCUUCUUUUUUUUCUUGUCUCCGCCGAUCGACCCCGUCGCCGCCGCAACAGGCCAGCCUUCUGUUGGCGCGUGGGUAGACUGUCAGAUGGGCUGCAGACGUAAUAGACGCAUGCGAAGCGCGCCGUUGCUUCCGAACGGUUUUCGUCUCUGCUGCGGUCUGCGUCGACGUCUGCACAGAAGUCGCAGGUGCGCGCGGAGCAGCGGAGAGCGGGGCAGGGACGGCAAGAAGCACGGAUCAGGCAGGACACAGGGACAGGCGAUCGCGGUGUCUCGCCAACGGGCGCCGCCGAGAAGUCCGGCCCGUCGCUCUCUCUAUCUUGUGUCGGCCGCUCCGCACCGUCUGUCCCGGCUGAUAGCCCUGCGGUUUACCCCAAUGCGGAAGGCGUCGGCGGGGUUGGAGCCUGCGCUUGCCGACACUCGGACGCGGAGUCUGUCCGCAGCAUGUUUUAUCUACUUUGACAGGUGCACAAGGAGCAAGAGCUGCUCUCAUGGGCUCUGCGGAAGGCUGCAGAGGCUUCAGCAGGCUUCAGCAGGCUUCAGCAGGCUUCAAGAGGCUUCUGAAGACCCAAAUAGCCGGGGAUUACCCGUCCCAACACGGUCGGUGCGGGGUACCCUUGGUCUGAGAGGUGUGCAUCGGCAGCGAUAGGCUGCUCAGCCUAACACAUCCAGACUUCAGUGGUCGCCAGCAACCUAUCCGGGAUUUUGGAGUGUAGUCUCCCGUUGCGGCUUCCGAGGGCAGGACGACACUGGCCGAAAUAACAACGGCCAAGAGGGAGACCGAACUGGUUGUAGACAAACAAUAAUAAUCGCUCAGUCUGUGUUUGGCAUCUUCAUCCUUGAAUGUAAAUAGGGAGGAGUUCCCAGUCAUUCAAAUAAAGGCCAGUUCCUCACCUUUUCACGCCAGGAUAUCCAUCUCCCUUGUACACUUCUUUUCU